AUUGCAGCAGCUUCUCCUCCGCCUGCUGCCUCUCUCCCAGCAGUCUCUGCAGGUGGAGUAUCUCCUGGCGGUGAGAGGCCGCCUUGCCUUCCGCCUCCUUUUCCACUGCCACCAGUCGGCUGGACGCCAGCCUGCGAUACACCUGAGACGCAGAGUAACGGAACAAGAAGAAAAGAAGAGAGAGAGGUUUGCCAUGAGGGAUGCACAUGGAGGAUGACGUAGCAACAACAGCGCCAGUGAAGCGAGGUUUGCAGGCAAGCUGGAGCAUCCCCCCUGCUGAAUUUGAGCGAGAGACAGGGUACAAUAAACCACCCACAGAUACAGAACCCUGCUGUGAAAAUUUUGGAACUCUCCUGGCUGGAAGAUGAGCGGCUCUCCUUCGAAAGAGGAAUUAGAAUGUAAAAUCUGCUACCAGCGCUACAAUGCACACACCCGGCGACCAAAACUCCUGGAUUGCCUCCAUCGGGUGUGCGGUCGGUGCUUGGUCAAGAUUCUCUUCGUCGCCGAUGGCACGGGUUGCAUUUGCUGCCCAUUUUGUCGUCACCAAACCCAGAUAAGCGAGUAUGGGGUAUCUGCCCUGCCCGACGACGCCAAUGUUAUGAACCACCUGACGCUAAGCGACAAAUCAUGGAGCUCAGACUACAAUCAGGAGGUGAUCCUUUCUCCGAAGAGUUUAUUCUCUACCAGCCCAUCACGAGACUCACCCAAUUGCCUGUUUAUCACAAUCAUGGAGGUACAGAGGGAGCCGCGCUUCCCAAGUAACAACAGCAGCUCCGACACAGAGCACAACGUAGAAUCGCUGUUAGCGGGUUCCAAUGGGCAGGCAGACCAGGACUCCCUGACCAAGUUCUGCAAUCACAUCCCACGCAUUCUGGUGUGGCUGCUGGGUUUCUUGUAUUUUGGCUCCUUGCCUCUUGGGAUUUACUUGCUGGUGAUUCAGAGGGUGACUCUUGGCAUUGUGUGCGUCAGCUUGGUGCCGUCCAGUCUGACGGUCUGCCUGGUCUACGGCUUCUGCCAGUGCUUGUGCCAGGGCAUGUGUGACUGUUCUUCCAGGGGAUGAACAUAGAUCAAUCAAAACAAACAGUGGUAAUACAGAUAGAGAUGGAACAAAUUAUGGUGAUCGGUAGUUUUCAUGUACUAGUAUUUAGAUAGAGGCUGUUCUAAACACAACAGACAAUAGUUAAAGCAUACAUACUGAGCAUAAUGGAAAUGUACAUUAAUUUCUAGAUGUGUGGAUAAUCAAAGACUGGCUUGAUGAAUGUGAUUUACUAAGUAGUUAGAUCCUAUAUUUUUAGGAAACCCACUGUAAUGAUAAAGCCCUUCAUGUGUAUUGAUAAUUAAUUGCUUUCAAUACGGCAUUUUUUAAACUGAUUAAAUUUGUUUGUGUUUCUGUGCACCUCUUAACUCCAACAUGG